AUGGCCUUGCAACGUCAAAGUGGGAAUGGCAUCAAUUCGGACCGGUUCCGUGCAGGGGGGUCUCGGUUCCGAAUGUGCCACUGUAUCCGCCGGAACCGGUCCAUCUUCACUCAGUUGCAACUUGCCAGUUACCAGUAUUUCUCAGCAGCAUUGCUUCAUCUUCAACUGCGCGUCAAUUACAGCGAAGCAUCCCAAGCGGACGUAAAUGGUGCCGGCAAGCUCGCCCUGGCGGAUGUCGCACAAAAUGCUGGCUUCAGGGUUGUUGCCACAGGCGAAGGCGCCGAUGAACACUUCGCAGGCUACGGCUCCCUAUCUCAGAAUGAUUCCCUCCUCGAACCCGACCACUCCAGGAUGACGGUCGAAUAUUCUGCAACAAAGCACGCUGAAGCAGCUCAAAAGGCCAACGCAAGCAUGUUCCCAGGCCAUGAUUUGAGCAAGAUAUCUACUCUGCCCUCCACUGCGAGAGCCCUUAAUCACACCCGGAUUGCUGGGCCCAUUCCCCGCACCUCGCCACUUUUUCUGGGCCCUUGGACAAACUCACUCAACCCAACCGACGGGCAAACGGUCCUGCUUGAUUCCUUAAGCGGCGAAACUCGCCAGGCCAUUGCGGAGAAAUGUCACCCGCUUCAUACAGCCGAGUUUUCCUAUACCAAGUCCUUUUUCGCAAACUCCCUCCUCCGAUACCUGGGUGAUAACAUCGAUAUGGCGUUUCAGGUCGAGUCACGGCCUGCGUUCCUCGACCACAAUCUGACGGAGUAUGCCAACUCCUUACCACCUAGCCUGAAGAUGAAGGUGAAGUAUAAUCUGUGUGAGGCAGUGAGACAAUUCGCUACCGAGGAGGUAUACAAGCGAAAGAAGCAGCCAUAUAUAGGGCCUGUCGAAUUUCAGCUUGAUGGGCAGUGCACCGAAAGUUGA